UCUCCGGGGAGCAGAACCCCAUAUCGGCGGUGAGGAAGUACGGCACGGUGUUCACCUGCACGCUGCAUCUCGGCUUGUACCCCUUCGACCUGCAGCACUGCUUCAUGCGCUUCAGGAUCACCUCAGCCUCCAAGGUCUUCCUCGAGUUCAACUUCACCUCAUCCUCUGUCACCAACUUCGGAAACGAACUGCUGGUGGAGUAUACGGUGGGAAAACUGGAGCUGGUGAAGGAUGAGUCGAGGAUGUACAGCGAGGUGUGGGUGCGCGUGCCCCUGAAGCGCCUGGCCAGCUACGCGGUGCUCAACAUCUACAUGCCCACGCUGGUGCUGCUCGUGGUGGACUACUUCACUCUCUUCUUCAGACCCUCCAUCUUUGACGUGCGCAUGAUGGCGGCCCUCACUGUGCAGCUCGUCAUUGCCACCUUGUUCUCGCAGGUGUCCGCGUCCCUCCCCAAGACCUCGUAUUUCAAAAUGGUGGACGUGUGGCUCAUCUUCUGCAUCGGCAUCACCUUCCUCACCAUUAUCUUUCACGUGCUGGUAGACGCGUGCCUUUACUCCGAGCCAAAGGACGCAGUGGUCGUGGUGAGCCUCAAAUCGUUCGGGGACAGCACCAAGAAGAGGAAGUCGGGCAGAGGUGAGGGCGGGUCCUUCUGCUCAAGUAAGCCUGGCGAUCGUAUGGUGCUGUGGUCCAAGAUUAUAGUGGCGGGAGUGUUCGUAAUCUUCAACUUAACCUACUGGAUCUAUAUUCUGGCUUGA